AUGCCCAUUUUCACCACAGUUCUCUUCUGUUCAAAAGCUUAAGCAAGAAGAAUAUUAAACCUGUAUUUCUUUCUAGUAACCUUUUUUCUUUCUUUCUUAUUUUCCUGCUGAAUAACAUAGAUUGAAACAAUGUAUUAAUGCACAUGCAUACUUAAUCCUGUCCUAGUUCAUGUUUAUGUUAUGCCUACGGGUCUGGUUUUACAGACUGGAUUGUUGAAUCCAGAAACUAGGGGUCUUCACUGGUUGCUGACGCUAACACAUAUUUAUUAAGUAAAAUUCCAGAUGGAGAAUUCAAAACCAUUAACAGAAAUAGUGGAAAGCGAUGGAGGCUUAUAACAUAUUCUCAACCCGCCUUGCCUUUUUAAAUAAGCAAUUUCCUCUACACCUAAACAACAAUAAAGUAGGAUUUCUUGAAUCCCCACCAAAAUAUCCUCCAUCAUUUCCCUUUUCCCUCCCUUUAUAAAUCCUUGUCUCCAUUCCACCAUUGUCUGUCAGAUGUGUGUCCUCACUUAGCCUUUUCUAACUAAGUUCUCCUUAGCUUUCCCCAUUAAAAUCAUAAUCUCUAAACUCACUAAGAAACCCCACUAAACUUCUUGUUAUACCUCUUUCAACAAUGGAUACUGCAAGCAAGGCUAAAAAGCUCCAAGCUAUGCGCAGUUUGAAGACUCAGUUUUAUUACAAUCUCAUGUUUCUUUCUUUCGUUGCCUUGACGUGUAGUUUGCUUUUUUCCUGUCUUCUUUGGUUUCCAUACCUAUGUUCAACCAUGAAGCUAUUUCUAUCUCUAUCCAUCCCAAAUAAGUUUUCCUCCUUCUUUAGCCCCAAGUGCUUGUUUAUACUGGUAAAUGUCAUUGUUGUCUUUCUUGUUGGAGAAUCAAGGUUUGUUGGGUCUCACUCAUCUCCAGAGGGCGAAAUUUAUGAUGAAUAUGUAGAGAGGAGCUGGAGUCUUAGAGGUGUGUCAGCUCAUCAAGACAAGGCAGAGGAGAGUAAACUGGAGGUGAACUUGGUUGACCAAGAGACUAAUGUUCAAGAUAAAGAAGUAGUACUGAAGGAAGAAGUUUCUGAAUUAACCAACAAAGGAGAUAAAGAAGUAGCGGUGAAGGAAGAAGAGGAUGGAGAAGCUAAUAAAUUAACCAGCAAAGGAAAGAAGGAUGCUCAUGAAGAGGUUAAAGUAAAAGAAGAUAGGCACGAGGAGAAGGAAAUAAGUGUAGAAGAAGAAGAGAGUGGAUUGCCUCCUGAGGAACUAAACAGAAGAGUCGAAGAGUUCAUUGCAAGGGUUUAUAAGCAAAGGUGGCUUCAAGCUCAGUUAUUAGUCUGUUGUGAGGCAUCAUUACUAGGAUCCAGACACUGUAGUGCCAUCAGAAAGUUGGAGUAAAUACUGUAUUCCUUGCCGCUAUGGUCAUUAUUUUCGGCACAAUAAAUCUGCGUACUUGGAACUUAGGAGAAGGGCUUUGUAAUUAAUCUGUACUUAUAAAUAUUUAUCUCUAUUGACAAACAGUUUAUAAAUAAAGAGAAUUCUUCAUUUUUAA